GUUGGCAUUCCUGUGUUGGCGUGAUGGCAGGCAACCACAGGGGGGCUGGCACUGUACCCUGGGGCAGACGCACACCGGGGAUGCUUAUGUGACUUGGAGAUAAUGGAGUAAACGGGUGGUGCGUCCUGGGUCAUGUGUGGGGGAGGUGAGGUCAUGAGGAGGCCAGGGUUAGGGCGUCCCUCUCCCCACCUCAAGGGCUGACGGGUGACAGUGUGCAGGGUACGUGGUUCAGUGCCUGGUGGUGGUGUCCUGUGGUGCUUGGAGAGAUACAGGGAGGCAUGGUGUGGUGCUGUGCGAGGUGUGACAGCUUCUGCAGGUGACAGGGAUGUUAAUAUAAGGCUGUUUCUUACAUGUUCAAUUUAGUGUUGCUUCAUUAUGCUUGUUGUGAGUUUUCCUGUGUUACUAAAGUGCCUAUGGGUUAGUCUGUGUUGGAUUUUGAUGGUGUUCUGUAGUGUAGGAUAUGAUGACAGAAUGAAGCCAUAUCUCUCCUUCCUUGUCAUCACGUUUGCUAGGCUAGCGGAAAACGAUCAUGUUUAAUAGAGAAAAGCGAUGUGAGUUUUGUGUAGUAUCCAAUAAAAAAGAUAAAAAAAAUAAUUAGAGCUACUGCCAGACAAGACCCAUCCAGCUAGGGACCACAAGUCAACACUAGUGCCAAGCUGAUUGCCUGAAGACAUGUUGACAGGCGACACUAACUGUGACCUGUUGUGUGUUUGGUUAAUAUGCAGAAUAGCUGUGACUGAUAGACCUGUCUAAUUAUUUGGAGAUUGAUAGGUUAGACUGCAUACAUUAUUCAACAUUCAUAGCAAUUUCAAUGGACUGUGCUUUGGGUUAGGUUUUAUUAGGUGAGGCUGUUUUAGGUCAGUUUAGGUUAGGUCAGCCCAUCCUGGCUAGGAUGAAGGAGGAAUGGAAUUUUAUCUUUGAAGGAUAGUGUAAGUGUUUAUUUUUGAUAACUUUUCUGAGAUCUUUUAGUGAAAAGGAAUUUUUUUUUUUUUUUAAGUAAGGAAAUAUCUGUAUAUUUUUGGGGGGAGUCCGUUUCAUUAGUGUUGUCUUUUAUUUAUAAGGGAAAUUGACUAGUAUAAAUUAGUAAUUACAGUAAUAGAGUACUUAACUAUAUUGUGUAGAAAAAAAGGCCCAGUUUGGGGAUGCCCCAUUUCACUGGCAUUCUCUGGACAGUUCCCCAAAUCUUCAAUGCACCAUCUAACAAUCAACGAAUAUUCCUAAAAGGAUGGAGGGGCUGCCUUUGGAUGUGUCUCCUCUGGGGGAUGAAGGAGCCCAGAUGAUCACCUUAGUGGAGACAUCAGCUCUGGAGGAGGAGGGACACCAGCCACCCAAUGUGCAUAUCCUCACGGCACAUCAAUUGGAGAGAGCGAACGAGCAAGGUGGACACGAGGACAGGCAGCAGCCACACUCUCUCAGCCAUCAACUACAGGAGCAUGGCGAGCCUCUGCCUAGGCUGCAGCGGGACACAUCACAGUCCAGUCCUCACUGCUUGGUCUGCAACGCCAAGCUGGGAGUGUCAGCCCGAGGAGCCAUGGAAGUGUUUUCUGAAAAGGCAAAGACUUCCCAUAGACAGUUGCAAGUUCACGUGAUUCUGAGCACCAUUGUCAACCAGGAUGUGAGUGCUGUUGUGGCACACUCAAGUAUUGUUUGUAAAAAAUGCUUCAAGUUGAUUGAUGACAUUGAUUCUAUGGAAGGUCAACUUAUUAAUAUGAAGCAGGUGGUGACAAACAAAUACAUGAAGACACUGGCCCUGGUGAAGCAAGACUCAGGAGUGCCAGAGAAUGUGGACAGUGUGUUGGAAGAGGAUACCCUCAACCUAGAAGCCUCGUCCCUCACCAAGGAUGACAAGGACUUCAAAGUGUACAUGGGCUCAGGAACUGGAGGAGGAAAAGGUAAGCGGGGCCGCAGGGGUCGUUCAAGAGGUCGGCCACCAAGUGUUAAGUUGGAGGUGAAACAGGAGGAGUCUGUGGAAGUCAUUACUGGCCUGGCUGCCAGUGACAAUGUGGAGUCCCUCAAACACCAGAGUCUGCUGGGAUCAUCUGACAGUAAUGAUGGUCUUUCGGGAAGACUAGAGGGCAACUUAGAGGAAGAAGGUGGAACAGACAUGCUGAUGGUGGAGGAGGAGAUAUUGGAGGAUUCUGUUGUGGUAGAAACUGUAGAGGAUGUAAUGGAGGUGGAUGGCUUGGACCUGGAGGACACUGAGACCUGUGUGCAGAUCAGUAGCUUGACUUUGCCAUCCCUUGCUACACAUGAGCUGAAUGUGGAGCAGGAGGAGCAGGGCCUCAAUCCCGACCAUCACCUGCUGGAGGAUGGUGCAGAGAAGUACAAGUGUCGCUUCUGCUCCCUUAAGAUGUCAGUGCUUGCAGACAUCCAGACACACAUGCGGGAGAUGCAUCCUGAGCGCCUGUAUGAGUGUGAGGUAUGCAAGGAGAGGCUCACCACAAAGGCAGAUUUAUUGUGUCACUUAGAACAACACAUAGCAUCUGGGGAGAAGCCGUAUGUCUGCACAAUGUGUCCACGUAAGUAUGCUCUCCCUAGACAGCUGAAGGAGCACAUCAGGCACCACAUGAACAAGACCUUUGGCUGCACGCACUGUUCAAAGCGCUUCCGGUCAGAGGCAGCGUUGCAGGAGCAUUUCAACGUUCACACAGGCAAUCGUCCAUAUGCUUGUGACCAAUGCUGCAAAAAGUUCACUUCAAAGCACAUUCUCAAGACACACAUGAAAACCCAUGGUGUUCGUCAGAGGCCCCACCAAUGCAGAACUUGUGGUAAGAAUUUCCUUACCUCUCACCAUUUAACAGAUCAUCUAAAUGUCCAUGAAGGUAAGAAAAAUUACAUAUGUGAAACAUGUGGAAAAGCUUUUGCCACCCAAAGAAGUCUAGAUCUACAUGCCAUCACUCAUUCAGGAGUGAGAAACUUUUCUUGUUCAAUAUGCCACAAACGCUUUGCUAGAAAAGGUGAAGUGGAGGACCAUGAAAGGACUCAUACUGGUGAGAAACCAUUCCAGUGUGAAAUCUGUGGCUCCACUUUCAGUCAGAGGAGCAAUCUUCAGUCCCAUAAGAGAACCACUCAUUAUCAGGAAAAAAGAUAUCAGUGCAAUCAGUGUCACAAGGCUUUCAAAAGGAAGAGGCUACUAAUGUACCAUGUGAUGAGUGUGCACACAGGCGAGCGGCCACACAAGUGUAAGCAGUGCAACGCUGGCUUUGUGUAUCCUGAACACUAUAAAAAACAUCUCAGGAUACAUACUGGGGAGAAACCAUUUAAAUGUGAUAUAUGUGGAAAAACUUUCAAUUCAAGGGACAAUCGCAAUGCACAUAAAUUCAUACAUUCGGAUAAAAAACCAUACGAGUGUAUGCUCUGUGGUAUGGGAUUUAUGCGAAAACCCAUGCUGGCUUCCCACUUGCAACAGCAUGGCCACACAGAUAACCUAGAAAACUACAUUAAGGUCAAUCCCCCCACAGUAGUAGCUGCUGAGGGAGGCAAAGGGGAAGGGGGAACAAGUCCAGGUACUACUGUCCGUACCAUGAAGUUAGACGAGGACCAGAGUCUUGAGCCAAGCUUGGAUGGAUCAGUGCAGCUGGUGCGGGGUGGGGUGAGGGACGGAGAAACUGUGGAGGUGGUGUCCAGACCGGUCCACAUAAUAGAAGCGGAUGAUUUGCCUCGGUACAUUAUUCACACUACUGGUGGUGGGGAGCGGACAGAGGAAGGUGUGGGCCAUUUCUUUGCCUCUCUGCAGGGACAGGUGGUAGAGGUACGGGCAGAAGACCUUGAAAGGUAUACAGACCUCACCCCUGACCAAAUGACACAGGUUGCACAAGUUGCUGCUCAGGUAGUGACAGGUCAGCCAGCCACCAGUGGAAUACAGCAAGUGUCUGUGUCAAGUGAUCUCCGCCCAUUCAACAUUCAGCUGGAGCCAGCCACCAGGGAGGUCACAUUGCAGACUCAACCAAGUAGCUCACGGGAGGUGUCGGCCUCCAUUGGAGUUGCUACAGGUACUGUCACUACCCGGGAUGUGACCCUUCCCACCAUCAGCCAUGUGCAGGGAGGCAGUGGGGCAGCUGUUCUGGUGGGAGGUAGACAAGUGAAUUAUGAACCUGGAGGCCUAGGACAAGGGACCUUAAGAAAAGUGCUGACAGACAGAGAGGAGCUGCGCACAAUAUCUGUCCACAAUAUGGGACAAUCUGACACACGCAGUGUUCGCCACUGGCAGCAGCAACCUGUUACCACGCCUGCAAACAACUUCAUUGGGGAUUAAGGUUUGAAGUUAUUCCUUUCUAUUUUUUAAUAAGUAGUUAGUGGUAUUAUGAAUCAUUACUUAGGAAGUUGUUUGUUGAAGCUACAAAAAUUGAGAUAUUUUUGAAACAUUGAUAAAUUAAUUGUUGAAGUUUCAGAAAAGUGUUCCAUACUGUUAUAAGAAAGUUUUGUACAUUUAAAGUUUAGCUUCACAUUCCCUUGAUAUUUAGAUGGAAAAACUAUUUUUACAUUAUUUUUGUGGAAUGAAUGUAGAAAGAUUACACUUAUGCAUGCAUAACUGGCCUUGAUAUUAGCAGUGAUUCAUUGGGGUGAGGAUAUUUUUGUACAAUUAAUUACCCAUCCACCCCAUUGACCAUUAUAUGCCACCAUUAGAGGUGGCGAUUGUAUUAAAAUGAAAACAAACAAAUAACAAUUGUGAAAUUUACCACAGAACAGUAACUCGUCUGUUUGUGCUUCCAUUUUAGUUGUGAACUGCAAGGAGCCUGUGGCAAAACCAACACAUUUCUUAAGGAAAAAAGUAUACAUGUUAAGACAGUUCAUAGUUUUGUCUUAACAUAUGUACUUUUAAGAAUUAUAGGAUGCUUCCUUUUUAGUCAUGGUUCUUAGUUAUCUGAAUUUUUUUCACCUUGAUUUCUUGAAAUUUUGCCUAAUUAUGUGAAUAACAAACCUAAACCUAAGAAACUGUGCCUCAUCCCUUAGUGUUUCACCAAAGACAGGUUACUGAGAUGUGCAAUAACUCAAAAUUCUGGUCAGUACUUUGAUGGGCCAGUGUUUGAAGACGCUCAAUAUCAGGGCCUGAUAUAGCAUAUGGUUAGUGAGAUUUUUUGAGCCAAAUAGUCAAUUCACUUUGGGAAAUUUAUUUGUCAUCCACUGCAAGAUUUGACUACUUGGUACUCUUAAGGGAUUGUAGACAUCUGCUUACAGAAUCUCUGCAUUUUGUAAAUAUAUGUAAUCAGUGAUACUAAGAAUGUAUGAUAAAAAUGGAACUAUAAUCAAGAUAAUAAUUGAGUAAAGAUUUUCCUUGAAGUAUGAAAAGAAAGUGUCACACUAUAGUGAUGGAUUCAGUGAACAUUGAGCCACACAUUCAGUCCAUUGGAAUUCAUUGGUGUUGGCACAUUUAGUCUGUAUUGCAAUAAAUCACUUCUGAUUUUACUUUCUUGCCCUGCAAAUAGAGGGAGAUGGCUUUAGUACUGCAGAUUUCUGGUUUGGCUAUGUAACGCAUCCAGUGAAAUUUAAUAAAAACAGUGGAAUCUUCCAUUUCUAGUUAAGAAAUCUUGUAAGAUGAACACUAGUACAUACUCACAGAAAACUUGACAGUUUAUAUCUGUUGGGUAUGACAGAAGGGAAAACUUUUGAAAGUAGUGACAGACAUUGUGGGCAACAUUUCUCACCAUAAUAAGUGUGGCAUUGAAUUACUCUGCCAUCAAAUGCCAUCAAAUAACAUGUUUCCUCUCUAUUGUUGCAACUCAUGUACUUUAUUUACAAUUUACCCCAUUUCUUAUUUUUGUUCAUACCUCAACAUGCACUGUUAGAACAAGACAAAAUUAAUAUUGCUCUACAUUCCCUUGCUGUGAAGUCAGUAUAUAUCACAUUUUGACCUUUCAACAAUGUCAGUAUCACUUACAUUUUUCAACAUUUAUAUAAUUUUGUGUGAUGUAAUUGUUUUGGAGACAUUUGAAUGGUGGACAAUGAAAAAUUAAAAGUUUAUGCCUUUCAUAUUGAUGCAAAUGAACAAGGGAGUAUUCUCAUAUUCCUCAUUUGUAUGUGCAUUAUUAACAAACCUUCAUUUUGACAUUUGUGGAAUCCACAAGAUUUGAUCAGCAUUGUCACAGUAAAGAAAGACCCAGUACAGAAAAUUACUCAAGGAUUUUAUCAUUCCAUAGUAACUUUUUUACAGCUGAUAUUAAUGUUGUACAUAUGUAUGAAGAGUGAAAGUACACUGUAUAUGAAUAUGAAUAGCUUAAUUA